AAAUAAUACUGUGGAUAAUUUUUGUUUACAUAAUGUGUGUCUUCUGUGUUUGUUAAAAGUUUUUCAAUGUUUUCUUUCUUGCUUGUUUUGUUCGUUGUUGUAGGCUGCGGUCUGUCAUUAUUCAUAAUAGUUUUGCUUCUUUUGAAUCCAAAAAAGUUUCAAAAUGCGGAUAAUGAUCCAACUAUAGUUAUUGUGAAAAUUGUUGAAUCGCAUCGUGAGAGUUUACCUCUGAAUUCUGCACAUGGAUGGAGUCUUGCUUCUUCAAAGUGUAGUCUUCGGUGCUGGAAAAAAGAGCUUUCUUUCAACCUUGUAGGUUCUCCUGUUACUCUGUAUGCUUGCAGUAAGGAAAUAAACUGUGCUGCUGUGAUAUUACUCAAUGUUAUUGCUGAUAUUUCUACAUGGCCAGAAUGGGAUAUUCAAGCACAGGAUCAAACAGUACACUUGGAAUUACCUGAAAAUCCAUCUUUGCAUGCAGAUGCAUAUAUGCAAUGUGAUCAGCUUGUGUUAACCACAUCAAUGUUAAAAGCCAAACCUGAAAUUGAAAUGUUUAGGUUUGGCAACUUAGAGAGCAAUGGCACUGGGUGGAUUUUAUUAUGGAAUGCUAAGCAGCUGGAUUGGAUUUUGUAUAUUGCACAACCUAUUGAUAAUUGCUCAGAUGGCAAUAAUGGACUUGGGCAUAAUCCGGAAUCAUCAGGCACAGGCAAAAUCGUAUCUGUUGCAGAAAUUGUAGAUUUCAAUAGUAUUUCUUCUGUUUUUCUGACCAGCUGCAUUGAAGUUAAAG